GUGUUUCCCGAGCUCAUGAUGACUGUCCAGUCCUCGAUACAAGCAGCUGCGGCCCUAAGUCUAGAUGAUCUGCCAGACGGAAAUCCUUUCGUGUCCAUGGCAAGAGGAGUCAUGUCUGCUCUUGUGGAGUUCACCGAAAUAUAACAUCUUGUCGGGACUUGCGCCGGGGCCAAACGCGAACCUCGAUCUGGACGAGGAAUGGGCGCCAUCCUUUACGGGGACGAUGUACUAUCGCUUAAUUGGUAUGGAAAGACAGAGUCGUGUUGCAGUCUGGACCCUGCGUGUGCGCAUGAUUGCGAUCAACCUCGAAGAUCCCGCCUGUGGUAGUGGAGCGUGCUCGCUAGGUGCCCAUCUCGCGCUAUCCCAUGCUCAUGGAAGUCGAAUCCAUCGAUUCAAGCUUGACCAGGGUGUUGAGAUGGGAAGAUAUAGUCGGAUUGUUGUUGAGAUCUGUUUGGAUGAGGAGAGGCGUCGGCUGUUGGAGGUGAAGCUCGCGGGUCAUGCCGUAGUGGUUGCGGAGGGAAUCCUCAACUUGGAUUGAAAAUCUUGUGCGGUGCACGAUGCGAUGCUGUGAAGCAUGCGGGAUUCGGUGAUGCGACAUGUCUUCUUCAAUGUGGGCUGAGAUAAACUGUAUGUUCCCGGUGUUCGUAUUGCAAGCUUCAGGUAUGGAGUCAUAUUGUGAUGCACCUGGGUUGUAGUUAGUGUAAUAUCUAGUGUAGUUGUGCCAAU